AUGAAACCUCAUCGUACUCUCGCUCUGCUUCUCCUUCUCGGAGCCAUCGCCAUCCUGGAUGCCGGAAAAAUUGAGAAUGUUCUCAAGAAAGUCGGAAGACGGUACAAUCAGCAGGACCGUCGAAUUUUCUUCCCGAUUGUCUCGGAUGAUUAUGACUAUGCUCGUGGUCAAACUGUCAAUUUGGUGGGUAACCUUCUUCACGGACAAUCCUCGAAAGACAAUGAAAAGUCUGAAUGGAGUGCAACAGUAUUGUCUGAACUGAUAAGAGCUGAUGGUUUCAUAGGAUCUAUUUGUGGAGAAAAGGAUUUGAAUUACGUUCAAUUCAUUGAUCACUUGAAGAGAGCAAGAAAGAAUUUUCUGAAGAAUGACGGAGAGAAGAUAUCACGUAAACUAGUUGUGGAUACAAAUCAGGGAAAUGAUUACUUGACUUUUUCGAUUUCAUUCGAAAAUCAUCAUGCCACCUUGGGAUACAAUGUCACGGACACCUAUGUGAUACACAUGGAAGUGGUUGUCACUUUGCAAACAUUUGGUGAAUGGGGCCAGUAUUGGAUAACUAAAAUCUUACAAAUAGGUGCAUGUACUGAACACGGAGGAAUUAUUCCAAGUAUAAAAGAGCAAUUGAGCGAUUUGAUCCCUUCGCAGUUUAUGAGUAUCUUCAAGCAGCAUCGAAACGGAGAGUUUUCAAGUGAUUGGCUCGAAUUACUCUCUAAAGAAAACGACUUCUCUGGAAGUGUUUGUAUCGAAGGGGAACCAGUUACUCUCACAAGAAACGAUAUGAUCAAUUGGUGGAAGAAAUUCUCAGUGAUGUAUCAUCCGCCUGAUGAAAACUACACGUCCCUCACUAUGAUUGCAGCUGAAGGCAGGAAAUAUACUUUCCGCAUCACUGUGAAAGUCCAGAUUGGAUACAAAGAGGAUGAACCCGUUGAGACUUUUGAUUUCAAACUAGUAUUGAAUCAAAACGAGGGUACAUUCGGGAAGAUUGACCACUUCGAAGUUAUGUGUAAUCUCGUUCCUCGGGUUGAAAAAGAAGUGAUGGCAAAACAUAGUAGAGUUUACAAAGAUCUAAUUGUAAGGAGACUCGAUAAACUUAUGGCGACGACCCCAGAAUUGUGGUAUAAGUUUCCCGAUGCUCUAACAGACCUAUUCGGACCGAAAGGGUUCUCAAUCGACUCUUGUGAAUUGGGUACUACAUGGAAUGAAACAGUUGAAAUAGCUGAACGCGAAUUCUGGGCAAAAAAUAAGAUGUCGAAUGGCAAAAUAGAGGGAUAUGGCUUGAAUGUUCAUGAGUCUGUAUCUUCAGUCGCAGUAAAAAUGAGUAUUAUUAUUCAUAUCAAGUGGACACCAUUGGAACCACUCAUACGUCAUGAUUCAAUGUGGAAAUUUUAUUUGGAAUGGGAUAAGAAUCUUCAAUUCUUCCACACAACAAAAAUUUUCCUAGGAUGUCGAUCUGAAGAAGGAAAAACGGCCUACUUCAGAUUUAGAACCGAAUUUUGUAGAUAUAAACAUUGUGGUGCAAAAGUUAAGGUUGUACCCGAUUUAAAAGAUUGA